AAAGAAGAAGAAGGAACUGUGAUGUGAGAAGUGAUGAAGUGAGCAGUUCAGCUCUGCUUCUCAAAUGAACUUCUGCUAUUAGAGCAGACAAGCCUGUUGAAACUUCAUCUAGACUUCACACACUUUACUCUCCAGCUGACAAAUGCGGUACACGUUUAAGCCGGAUGACUGUAUGGUCAUCAGCAUUCCUCUGGGAAGCAUCAGGAACAUGAGAGAGGGGCAGCUGAUGCCCGAGAAAUUCACCUGCGUCUUCAAAGAUUCUUACAAGGUUUUUCUGAGAGGGCGACCAAAGGAACUCGGGGCGGCUCAGCUCUGCAUCGGAGUGUUUGUCAUUUGCCUCGGCAGCCUCGUUGCUUUUGAAGACCAUGCAAGUCAUUUAAUCUACGCCCUACCUUGUGCCCUGUUCAUUGCAAGUGGCAUUCUGACAUUUGCAGCUGGAAAGUCUCCGAUCAUGCCCGUGGUGAAACUGUCCUUCAUAUUCAACAUUAUCAGCCUUUUCUGGUCCAUCGCAGCUAUAGUUCUCUGCUCGGUAAUUGGACCUAUACCGUCUAGCAGCAGAGAUGACAUUUCAAAGCCCCUGAAUAUAUUUGUUGGGCUGAAGGUGGUGAUCUGCGUGUUGUGUGGGUUCGAGUUGAUUCUGGCUCUGGUUCUGAUCUUCUGGGAGAGUAAAGCCAUAUGCAGACCUCAUUUCAACACCCUGCCCUUGAUCACUAUCAAGCAAGACGUUUGAUUGGACAGUGAGAUCAAAGCACCUUGAGAGGACAAAUCUCAGUCGAUUUCUCUGUAGGACGUUACAGGUUGAACUUUAAUGUAUAUAUAGAUGUUUGUUUGAAGCCUUUUUGUCUGUAGCUCAGCUGGUAGAGCGUUGUGCUGCAAUGUCAACAUCAUGGGUUUGAUUCCCAGAGAGCAUGUGAAUAGCUGAAAUGUUUAUAUUGAAUGCAAUGUAAAUCGCUUUUGGAAGUGUUUGCCAAAUGAAUUCAUGUAAAUAUACCACGAUGCACUUUAGUUUUCUAUGUGCUCACUAUUAAAGUGCUGUUGCCAAACUUCA